CUUUGGACAAGAGAUUUGUUGCUUGGAUGUGGCGGCUACCCUCUACCGUUGAAGUAACAAAAGUAUACUGCUGAUCAGACAUGGAACUCCUCUUUUUUCUUGGUAUUACUCACUUUUCAUGACUCCUUGGAGCCAAGGAAAGAGGGAAGAAGGUCGCUUAGCCAUUUCUUUAUUCCUUUUUAUAAGUUGACGUCUCCAUUGUUCAUUGCAUCAUCAUCAACGCCUUUAAAUAUUAAAAAAAAAAAAAAAAAAAAAAACCCCAUUUGUCAAUCCUUCACGUUUCUUGACUUAGAGACUGAAGGAGCGAUCAUCCCAAGCUUCCUCUACUUUAAUUAUGUAUUUCUCUUCUACCCGGAAACCAAUUAAUACCAAGCCUAGAGAAACUUGGAGAUUUAGGGAGAGAUGAAGCUUCAAUUUGGGUUCUUGUUUUUGGCCAUAGUUGUGUUGUUUCUCUCAAUUUCAGCUGCAAAUUCAGUCUCUACAUGUCCACUUGAUCUGGGCUAUGUGCUGACGAUCCCUUGGGAUGAUUCUUCCUGCAGAAACUACCAAAACACAGGCCAAAAUGGAACAACAAGCGAUUGCUGUCAGACCCUUCUCAGCCUUUAUGGGAUCGCUUUUGCUCAGCGCCUCAAAACCACCUCCCUCUUCCAGCUCCCAGAUGUCAAUACCUCCAUAGCUUGUUUCCAUGCUUUCCAAUCCAGUCUUGAUUCCCUCUCUCUCCCUUCGGAUCUUGUUUCCUCCUGCUUUAACAACCCUAAUCGCUUUGUUAUCACUCCCAAUAUUUGUGCAGGAAUUGAAACCAAGCAAAAUUGGACUCACAAGCUUGGAUACACUACUUCUUUGAACUCUGGAUGUUAUUCUGAUCUCUCUGGUACUGCCUGUGAUGCCUGCGUUGCCGCCGGCCAAAAGGUUCAAGCCAGUUUAACUGCUAUAGAUGGUAAUAUUUCUCAUGCCACUAAUUGCUGGUACUUCACAAUUCUUUACGCCGGCGGAGUUGUCAAUGAAUUUGGGCCGGAGAACGUCAGCACUGCUUCCUGCAUUUUUGGGCUCCCAAUUGCUUCUUCUGCCAUGGAUGGAAGCAGCAAGAGCUACUCAGCUCUCGUGCCUGCCUUGAUUGGUGCUGGUGUGGGUCUUCUGCUUUUGUCCUGUUUAUUGGGUUUCUCUGUCUGGUGGCGUUGGUUCAGGAAAGGCCAUCGGGGUUCUGGGUUUGACGUAGAGGAGCAGCAGGGAUCGAAACCUCGGUCGCAUCGCAAUAAUGUUUCAGUCUGGUUCAAGAUUGCUGACCUUGAGAUGGCUACAAAUUAUUUUUCAGAGAAGAAUGUGAUUGGGAAAGGUGGGUGUGGAGUUGUCUACAAAGGGACCUUAUCAGAUGGUACUCCAGUUGCUGUCAAGAAGAUCACAGAAUCAGAAUUUCAAGGGGAUGCAGAGUUCUGCAAUGAAGUCGAGCUCAUCAGCAAUCUAAAGCACAGGAAUCUAGUACCCCUUCGAGGAUGUUGUGUUACAGAAGAGGAAGAUGAGGAUGAAAGAGGCCAACAGAGGUACUUGGUCUAUGAGUUCAUGCCAAAUGGGAACCUUGAAGAUCAUCUCUUCGGUAGAAGGAUGAACAAGCAACCUCUAAGUUGGCCUCAGAGGAAGAGUAUAAUCUUGGAUGUGGCCAAGGGGCUUUCCUAUCUUCACUAUGGAGUGAAGCCUGCAAUAUAUCACAGAGACGUUAAGGCCACCAAUAUACUAUUGGAUGCAGAUAUGAAGGCUAGAGUGGCAGACUUUGGGCUGGCCAAGCAAUGCAGUGAAGGGCAGUCUCAUCUCACCACCAGAGUUGCCGGCACACAUGGCUACUUGGCACCGGAGUACGCGCUUUAUGGCCAGUUGACAGAGAAGAGUGAUGUUUAUAGCUUUGGUGUGGUUAUAUUGGAGAUAAUAUGUGGAAGGAAAGCACUAGACUUGAAAUCCUCAGACUCACCAAGGUCAUUCCUGAUUACAGACUGGGCGUGGACACAUGUGAAAUCAGGAAGGACAGAAGAAGCUUUGGAUGCUUCGCUACUGAAAGAUGUGGAUGCUGUAGAUCCCAACCUGAAGGAAAUUAUGGAGAGAUUUCUCCUAAUUGGGAUUCUGUGUGCUCAUGUCAUGGUGGCUCUAAGGCCAACAAUCUUGGAUGCACUGAGGAUGCUGGAAGGAGACAUCGAGGUUCCAUCAAUUGCGGACCGGCCAUUGCCUCUUGGCCACCCUUCGUUACGUUACAGUGAUGGAAACACCUUCAAUACAUCACCCUUCUUGAACAGGCCAAUGCUAGACAUGAGAGACAUGCUCAGAUAAUCAGAAAGGAAGACUACAGGAUUUGUAAAUCGUUCAGGUUAAUAGUUCAUCGUUCAUGGAAGCUUGUAUAUAUGAGGGUCACAGUAGCGUUUCAUUUAUUCUUAAAUCUUUCCAGUUCAUAUAAAAAUAUCCAGUUCCAGAAUGUAAGUGAGGAAUUCCAAGGGAGGCCCCCUUUAUAUUCCUUGCAGUAUCUGUACAUGUGUAGGCUUCUAUUUUCUGUCAUUCAAUUGGGUUUUUGUUGGUCUUGUAAAGUAGUCUUCAGGUUCAGCAUUGCAUAUGCCAAUGCCUAGUGCAUUUACAUGGGGGGUUUCCUUUUCUUUUUU